UGACGCGUGCGCACUGAACGGGGUUUUUGGCGGGCGUUGCGCAGAAGCGGCGGCUGUGAGGGGUUACAAACCAGGGAGGGGGAAGUUGCUUCCGCUCCGAGCCCGUUACUUUCCCCAGGAAUUGGGUAGCCCUUGUGCAUUAGGUGCAACCUCUGCGCUAUGGGAAAGAGAAACAGGAGGACAGCAGAUAGUUCGUCCUCUGAAGAGGAGGAGGAAUAUGUUGUGGAGAAGGUUCUAGACAGGCGUGUUGUGAAGGGUCAAGUGGAGUAUCUUCUCAAGUGGAAAGGAUUCUCUGAGGAGCAUAAUACUUGGGAACCUGAGAAGAACCUUGACUGCCCUGAACUGAUUUCUGAGUUUAUGAAAAAAUACAAAAAAAUGAAGGAAGGUGAGAACAAGCCUCGGGAGAAAUCAGAGAGUGCCAAGCGGAAGUCGAGCCUUGCCAACAAUACUGAGGACAUCAAAGCCAAAAAGAAGAGAGAGAGCACCGAUAUUGCCAGGGGCUUUGAAAGAGGAUUGGAGCCGGAAAAGAUCAUUGGAGCCACAGACUCUUGCGGCGAUUUAAUGUUCCUAAUGAAAUGGAAAGACACGGAUGAGGCUGACCUGGUUCUAGCGAAAGAAGCCAACGUCAAGUGCCCUCAAAUUGUGAUAGCGUUUUAUGAAGAGAGACUGACCUGGCACGCGUACCCAGAAGACGCCGAAAACAAAGAGCGGGAAGCAGUGAAAAGCUAAAGUGGCCAGGGUCCUCUGUCCGUCCAUAGUUGUACAUAUCCACCCUCCUUUCCCCUCCACCCAAAUGCAUCCAUGAAAAUGUGCUUA